CUCAAAAUUGGUUAUCAAAGCAGUGUUUUAAGCAUAUUUAGGUGUUGGUUUGUUAGGCAGGAGACCAAGUGUUUUAGUUCUUAUGAGUGAUUGUGAUUGAGAGCUAAGUUGUCAGCUCGAUUGUAUCAACAAUACUAUAGUUGCCUAACUUGUUUCCCAUAUUUACUGAGUCCGAAUUGAUUUCCUCUUCUCCGUGAUGAAUGCCCUUGAAUCCCUUAUUGAAGUUUCCAGAACUUCUGUUGGCCGUGAAGACCUUGCUUCUAGGAAGAUAAUCCUUACAAUUCUUAUGCUCGCUGAAUCUUCUCAUAACCCCUCAACAAGAGUACAAAGUAAGGAGACUAUUGAUCCUUUGUGUAUGGUUAUUUAUGCUUGUUGUGAUGGAAACCCUGAAUUUGUUGCUAAGCUCUGCAGUGACCCUAGUUUCCUCAUCUUGGUAGAAAUUCUUCACAUUGUUUUUAUAGUUGAUUUUCAAGAAGAUUGGUUUAAGUUACUACUUUCAAGAAUGAUGUGUUGAAAAUAUUCACUUCCCAAUACUGUUCUCCAAAUUCGGCAAAGUUAGGGCAUCUCAAGAUAGUGGAGAUGUUGAUUCAAGUUUUGAUCUUUUCUCACCUGAAUAAGCUUUUCUUUUAAGAGUGGCAUCUGAGAUUGUAAAUGGGCUAAUUGAAGAAAUUAUAAUUCCUAACGAAUUAGCAUUAUGUGUACCUGAGAUAUUUAAGAAAUCAGCUAGGGUUGAUUUUUCCUUCAGGGGAAAGUUUGCUCUUUCAAUAGGCUCUACAGCCAUUGAUGUUCUUGGUUGUUCACUCACCAUUUUGUGAGAUAUCUGUGCUCAAGAUGGUUCAAGAGACAAGGGGGAGGAUUUUAUGGAUGUUGUUGGUAUGCUGCUAUCCUCUAGAUUGGUAGAACUUAUGUUAAGUUUGCUUCGAGACCUUGAGCCUCCAACAAUUAUAAAAAAAAAAAGCCAUGAAACAGAGGGAGAACCAAUAUGGAACAAGUUCAUUUUUACUUAAGCUUUGCUUUUAUAAAGGAUUUCAGAGAGACUUGGUUGCAGUAAUUGGCAAUUGUGCAUACAGAAGGAAGCAUGUGCAAGAUAAAAUAAGGCAGGAAAAUGACAUUCUGUAGCUGCUGUUGCAACAAUGUGUUACGGACGAAGACAGCCAUUUUUAAGGAAGUGAGGCAUUUGGUUUGUGAGAAACUUAUUGGAAGGGAAUGUAGAAAAUCAAUAAAUGGUGGCUGAUUUAGAGCUUCAAGGAUCUAUUGAUGUGGCUGAACUUGCAAGACUGGUUUUAAGAGUUGAGGACAAUCAAGGCACUCGACAUGCGAAGCUUGUUAAUGUUCCUGCAAAGUACCAGUUGUUGAAGAAUGAUUUGACUUCUGCCCGAAGAAUUUUGCUGGCUCAAGUGUAAACAAUGUUAGAAUUUCCUAUUUCCUUCAAGAUUUGUACUAUAAAUCAUUGAAUAAAGCAAUCUUUUAGGA